CUCAUAAGCAUCGAAACUUGAGAAUUAACACGGUGAAAGUCUGAAAAUUAUUAAUACCUCAACUUAUCUUUGAUUAGAAUAGGGCGGGACAUGGUGGGGGUUAGAAGUUGACUAAUGAUCUUGAGGUUAAGUUCAUCCAUAUUUGGCCUAGCUUAAUUGGAUAAAAAGGGAAAUCCGAGCUUCUGGGAAAUCGUCAUGCUUCUUGGCGUUGUGCUGCUCCAGUUGCUCCUGCAGUAACCUAAAGACCCCUGUAUAUUCCACGGACACGGACUUCGCUUGGAGUAUUUUUAUUGAUCGUCUAGAUAACCUCCCGCCCCACGAAACCUUUUUUUCCGAUUAUAUUUUUGCCUCCCCAAGCAUCUGUUCGUCCUUUAUCCUUUUCGCCUACACGGUAACUUCGCCGUUGGUCACGAUCCGAUGGCGUCGUCCUCGAGGGCAUUAAGUCGGCUCACGGGCCCGGCUAGCAGACAGUUGUCUGUGCAUGUGAAUGCGCCCACCGUCAAGUUUAGCACGACGUCAUGCCCGCGAAACCCAACUUCCACCUCCACCGUUGUCGCAAGAGCACGUGGAAGAGCGACAGUUCUCCCUCGCCAAUUCACGAGAUCCUACGCCGAUGCAGCUCCGACAAAGAAGCCGCGCAGAAUUCGUAACACCAUCAAGUGGACUUGGCGCCUAACCUACCUAACCCUCCUCGCUGGCGUCGGCGCUGUCAUCUAUGAUGGCUACUCAGACCGUCAUCCAGAAGAGCAAUAUGUCCCUGAUCCUCAGAAGAAGACCUUGGUGAUCCUGGGUACUGGAUGGGGUUCCGUCGCUUUACUCAAGAAAUUGGAUACUGCCAACUACAAUGUCGUGGUUAUCUCGCCUCGUAACUACUUCCUCUUCACGCCCUUACUACCCUCUUGCACCACCGGAAAUAUCGAGCACCGCUCCAUCAUGGAACCUGUCCGCCAAAUCCUACGCCACAAGAAAGCCGCUGUCAAGUUUUACGAAGCCGAGGCUACCCAUAUCGACGUUGACAAGAAGGUUGUCAGGAUCACUGACAACAGUGACAUCAAGGGCAAAGUCCAUGAAACCGAGGUCCCCUAUGACAUGCUCGUUAUUGGCGUGGGUGCCGAGAAUGCCACUUUCGGUAUUCCUGGUGUUCGUGAGCACAGCUGUUUCCUGAAGGAGAUUAAAGAUGCCCAGGCUAUUCGUACCAAGAUCAUGGAUUGUGUCGAGACCGCCGCUUUCAAGGACCAGACACCAGAUGAGGUCGACCGUCUUCUCCACAUGGUAGUCGUCGGCGGUGGUCCUACCGGUGUCGAGUUUGCUGGUGAGCUGCGGGAUUUCUUUGACGAGGAUAUCCAGAAGCUUAUCCCCGACAUUGCCCCGCGGUUCAAGGUCACUCUGAUCGAGGCCCUCCCUAACGUUCUACCUAUGUUCAGCAAGCAACUCAUCGACUACACUGAGAGCACCUUCAAGGAGGAGCAUAUUACCAUCAUGACUAAGACCAUGGUUAAGCGGGUGACUGAUAAGACGGUCGAGGCCGAAGCUGUUGGUCCCGAUGGAAAGAAGACUUUGGUCACUAUCCCAUUCGGUCUUCUCGUGUGGGCCACCGGCAACACCGUUCGCCCUAUAGUCAAGGAUCUCAUGUCCCAAAUCCCCGCCCAGAAGGAUUCGAGGCGCGGUCUUGCUGUUAACGAGUAUCUUGUUGUUCAAGGAGCAAGAGACAUCUGGGCUGUGGGCGACUGCGCUGUUGCCGGAUAUGCGCCAACUGCCCAAGUCGCCUCUCAAGAAGGCGCUUUCCUCGCUAGGCUGUUCAACAACAUGGCUAGGACCGAGGAUCUAGAGCAGAGGGUCCGCGACCUUAGCGCUGGUCUGAACCUCAAACCUGGUAACACACCAGAGGUGACGCAAGAGAUCGAAGAGUUAGAGAAGCAACUUCGCCGUAUCAAGGACGUCAAGCCUUUCCACUACUCUCACCAAGGCAGCUUAGCCUAUAUCGGCAGUGAGAAGGCUGUCGCUGAUGUCGCCUGGCUGAACGGCAACGUUGCCAGUGGCGGCAAGCUCACCUAUCUCUUCUGGCGAAGCGCUUACUUGAGCAUGUGUUUUAGCACUCGCAACCGUGUUCUAGUCGCUCUCGAUUGGGUUAAAGCUAAGCUCUACGGACGAGACGUUUCCCGAGAGUAGAUACCAUUGCCCAGUAUCUAAUCUCACCCAACAACCUUUCGGAUCAUCUUACGAUUUUCCUUUGAAUCGGAAUUGAUGAAUUUUCUCUUCCAUGGGUCCUGGUACCUUGUAUAUUUCGUCCUUGCGGAGUUGGGAGAAGUGCUAGCAAGACCUAAUACUACGAGAACGGAGUGGACAAAACUGGUUUCUCUGACAAAGGGGGGCAUGAAUGGCACGCACACAAAAGCGCAUAGAGAGUGGUAUCCUGUCUUAGGAAUCCUAGGUAGUAGGUUAGGAUAGGAUAGACCGGCGUUACGCGAAGCUUGCUGGGGCGCGCUUCCAUAUGUAUUAUGAUCAAUAAUUUAUCAUCAAUGAUUCCCAUGC